AUGACGGACACGAUGAAAGAAUGGUAUCACAAUCUAGGAGCUUUCAAACAAGAUGAGUUACAUCAUCUAGAAACUACAGCUAGUGUUCUUGGGGUUCUUCACCGAGAAUUUAUCGGUGAUAUGGAAAUAUUUGAUAGGAAAAAUAGACAAGAAUUGUUUGAGAUGAAGUGUUGUUCUCUUAAAACAAAAGACCUUGACAAACACUAUCAUAGGAUGGCACAGAGGUAUUAUGUCUUUAAUGGGUACAAUGACCCUAGUCUCAAGAAUACCUAUGUAUCCUCUCAACCACAAGAACAUCAACCAGAAAUUCAUAGAAUGUUAGUCAAAGCUCAAAAGGAUAUUAAAACCAUGAGUCUUGGCUAG